CAGGAACCACAAAGUCAUGGUGAGCAUGAUAAACAUGUUAUAAUUUUGACUUUUGACUGCACGUAUUGUGAGUUUUCAGAAGAUGAGAAAAUAAUGACAGUAUCUGCAAACUGCAUUCAGCUCACCGGCCACCAAGAACAGUUGUAACAUCCAGAUAUGAGCAAUUAUACGCAUGAAAAGAUCGUCCAAGGAAUUACCAAAUGAAAUGACUCAUCGGAUAUUGGUAAAAUUCUGACAUUAGUGUUUCAGCCAGAAAGGAGAAACAGACAUUGCCCCAGUGGUUUAUUGUUACAGGCAGUGGAUUCUGAAAACACGGCACUAACUCCAAGUUCAUCAGAACGAAAAUGUGGCAGAAAGUUACCCUAAUUGUUGCAGUUUUUGUGACUGUAAGCUCCAGUGAUAAUCCAGGGCAGUGCCGAAAACCUCCGAUUGUCAAAUCUGCUGUCCUACUGGAUCAGUAUCUCAUUCAGCAAAGUUUCCCUGUGGGCCAAGUUGUUUCCUACGAAUGUUUGCCAGGUUAUGUUUGGACUGAAAGCACUCCAAAUGUUGUCAUUUGCCAAGCCAAUUUAACUUGGUCAGAGCCAUUAAUUAGUUGCAUGCCUAAAGAUUGUGGCCCUCCAGAGGAUUUAGAAAACGGUUACUAUACUGUCAGUGGUCAUACGUUUGGAGAGAAAGCAACUUACUACUGCAAUAAGGGCUAUCAACUGCUUGGCAAAGGUCAGAUCCUGUGCACCGAUCAUGGAUGGAGUAGGAGUUUUCUAUCCUGUGACCUUCUUCCUGACCAUGAAGAGCAGCUUUCCAUUCCUUCUGCUGUCACAAACUCAAUCGACCCAACGAAUGAAAGAACUGUCAUGAUUCCCUCCCUCGCUACAGAUGGUGCAGCAAGCCAAUCGUUUCCAUCGUUUCAACGCUUUCUUCCUGACCAUGAAGAGCAGCUUUCCAUUCCUUCUGCUGUCACAAACUCAAUCGACCCAACGACUGAAACAGAUGCCUUGAUUCCCUCCCUCGCUACAGAUGGUGCAGCAAGCCAAUCAUUUCCAUCGUUUCGACGCUUUCUUCCUGACCAUGAAGAGCAGCGUUCCAUUCCUUCUGCUGUCACAAACUCAAUCGACCCAAUGAAUGAAACAGAUGCCUUGAUUCCCUCCCUCGCUACAGAUGGUGCAGCAAGCCAAUCAUUUCCACCGUUUCGACGCUUUCUUCCUGACCAUGAAGAGCAGCGUUCCAUUCCUUCUGCUGUCACAAACUCAAUCGACCCAAUGAAUGGAACAGAUGCCUUGAUUCCCUCCCUCGCUACAGAUGGUGCAGCAAGCCAAUCAUUUCCAUCGUUUCGACGCUUUCUUCCUGACCAUGAAGAGCAGCGUUCCAUUCCUUCUGCUGUCACAAACUCAAUCGACCCAAUGAAUGAAACAGAUGCCUUGAUUCCCUCCCUCGCUACAGAUGGUGCAGCAAGCCAAUCAUUUCCACCGUUUCGACGCUUUCUUCCUGACCAUGAAGAGCAGCGUUCCAUUCCUUCUGCUGUCACAAACUCAAUCGACCCAAUGAAUGAAACAGAUGCCUUGAUUCCCUCCCUCGCUACAGAUGGUGCAGCAAGCCAAUCAUUUCCAUCGUUUCGACGCUUUCUUCCUGACCAUGAAGAGCAGCGUUCCAUUCCUUCUGCUGUCACAAACUCAAUCGACCCAAUGAAUGAAACAGAUGCCUUGAUUCCCUCCCUCGCUACAGAUGGUGCAGCAAGCCAAUCAUUUCCAUCGUUUCGACGCUCUGUUCCUGAAUAUAAAGACCCACCUUCUAUUCCUUCUACUGUCACAUCGACAAUGAAUACAGUAUAUAAGACAGCAGCUCAGACUAGCAUCCUUACUACAGAUGGUGCAGAGACAAACCAUGUGUCUGGAUCAUUGGUUGGCUCUGAAGAUUGUGGUCCUCUGAAGGAAUUAGAAAAUGGUUAUUGCAUUGUUAGUGGACAAACAUUUGGAAAGAUAGCAACUUGCCACUGCAAUACCGGCUAUCAACUGCUUGGCAGAAGUCAGAUACUAUGCACCAUUCAUGGAUGGAGUAGGAGUUUUCUAUUCUGUGAGCUGCCUCUCUGAGACUCUUAGAACAAACUAACGACCUUACUGUCACUUAACAAAGAUUCCUCAAACUCAUAAUUUUGACAGUCUUGAAGGAUGUCUUCCACUCUGAUGCUGCCAUGGCCUCUAUUUCAGGAGCUUUCUUUUCAGUGACCUGUAAGCUCCUCACGAGCCCUGAAUGUUUGGAGAUAAGUAAUAAAAGUACUUUGGCUGAUAAGGAUCUCCUUGCUCUGCGGGCAUCUGCUUCUGCUUCGGGCUCCUUCCCCUUCUCUCUGGUGGUUGUCAAAUUUUAGCCAGCAAACAUCCUUGCAAUUAUCUGCUCAGGUGGCUUCUGCUCAUAUAGCUGAAAUCACAUGGUUUCUUGUAAAUGCUGUUUUGAAACCACUGUUCAAAUGACUUCCUUUUAAAAAAAUAGGUCCAAUCUUGAUAGGCUGAAAAAGUAAAAUCAACCUAUCUAUGCAUUCUACACAUAUGUUAAAAAUUAAAGAAUAACUAGGGAGAAGGUAGGGCCACUCAAGGAUAUAGGAGGGAACUUGUGAUUAGAGGCAGAGGAUAUGGGCAAGAUUCUAAAGGAAUAUUUCACAUCAGUAUUCACCCAGGAGAAGGAUAGAGAGGAUAAUGAGAUUAGUGUGAAGCUUACUAAUAUGCUCAGGCAUUUUGAGAUCAAGAAAGAAGUGGUUCUAGUUGCCUUGAAGUGCGUUAAAGUGGGUAAGUCCCCAAGGCCCAAUGGUAUCUACCCCAGGUUAUUAAGAGGAGAAAUUGCUGGCGCCUCAACCAAGAUCUUUCAAUCCUCGCUGACUACUGGAGAGAUCCUGGAAAAUUAGAGAGAGUAGCUGAUGUUGUUCCUCAGUUCAAGAAGGAAAACAGGGACAAUCAAGGAAACUAAAGACUGGUGAGUCUUACAUGUGAUUGGAAAGCUAUUGGAGAGAAUUUUAAGGGAUAAGAUUUAAGCACUUUUGGAAAAGCAUGGUCAAAUUAAGGAAAAGUCAGCAUGGAUUCGUGUAGGGCAGGUUAUGUCUUACUAACUCAAUUGAGUUUUUCAAGGAGGUAGCAAAGAUGGUCAAUGAGGGUAGAGCAAUACAUAGAUUUUAGUAAGGGUUUUGACAAAGUCCCUUAUGAUAGGUUCAUCCAGAAGAUUAAGCUGCAUGGGAUACAUGGUGACUUGGUUGAGUGGAUUCAGAAUUGGUUUGCCCAUAGAAGGCAGAGGGUAGUGGUGGAAGGGUGUUUUCCUAUCUGGAGGUCCAUUACUAGUGGUGUUCUGCAAGGAUCUGCACUGGAUUCUCUACUGUUUAUGAAAAAAAAAGUGACUUGGAUGAAAAUGUAGACAUAUGGGUUAGUAAGUUCGCAGACACUAUAAAGAUCAAUGCAGUUGUGGAUAAUGUAGGAGUUUGUCAGAGGAUAUAGCAGGAUAUAGAUCAGUUGCAGAUAUGAGUAGAGAAAUGGCAGUUGGAGUUAAAUCCGGGUUAUUGUGACGUGCUGCACUUUGGGAGAUCAAAAGUUAAGGAAAAUUGUAAAGUUAUUGGCAGCACCCUGAACACCAUUGAUGCACAGAUGGGUCUUGGGUUUCAUGUUCAUAGCUCAGUGAAAGUAGCCAUGCAAGUAGAUAGGGUGGUAAAGAAGGUAUAUUGCAUGCUUGCCAUUAUUGGUCGAGGAAUUGAGUUCAAGAGUCAUGCUAUCAUGUUGUAUAUUAUAGUACUUUGAUAAGGCCACACUUAAGAGCACUGUAUUCAAUUCUGGUUGCCACAUUACAGGAAGGAUGUUGGGAUUUUGCAGAGGGUGCAAAAAGAGGUUUCCUAGAAUGCUGCCUGGAUUAGAAGGUAUGAGCUAUAAGGAAAGGCUGGAAAAGCUUAGAUUGUUUUCUCUGGAGCAUUGGAGGCUGAGGAAAGACUUGAAGGGAGUCUAUAGAAUUGAGAUGCAUUGAUAACAUUGACGAUCAAAAUCUUUUUCCCAGAGUUGAACUGUCUGAUACUGGGGGUCAUGGAUUUAAGGUGAGAGGGGAAAAGUUCAAAAGAGAUGUGAGGGGCAAAUUUUUUACACAGAGAUUGGUAGGAAUUUGGAGGCUGAGGAAAGACUUGAAGGGUGUCCAUAGAAUUGAGAUGCAUUGAUAACGUUGACAGUCAAAAUAUUUCUCCCAGAGUUGAACUGUCUGAUACUGGGGGUCAUGGAUUUAAGGUGAGAGGGGAAAAGUUCAAAAGAGAUGUGAGGGGCAAAUUUUUUACACAGAGAUUGGUAGGAAUUUCGAACAUGUUGCCAGAGAUUGUGGCAGAUAGGAUAGAGGCUUUUAAGGGACGUUUAAUAAGCACAUGAAUAUGCAAGGACUGGAGGGAUAUGAAUCAGAGGCAGGCAGAAAGGAUUAGUUUAAUUUGGCAACGAAGUGUGGAGCUGGAUGAACACAGCAGGCCAAGCAGCAUCUUAGGAGCUCAAAAGCUGAUGUUUCGAGCCUAGACCCUUCGUCACCAGCAAUGUCAGCCAAAGGCUCCAUUUCUAUGCUGCACUCUGUUCUAUGUACUUUGCUUUAGAUCCAAAGUUAUCAAAUAACAAUACUAUACUAUGAAGUUAUCAUUAAAAAGCACAUUAAUAUGUGAUGUAGUGUGCAGUCCUGGUUCUUAAUUAUGAGGUAACUUUGACAAUCAUUGGUCCUGCAAAGGGAAAUUAUCUUCCUUUCUCUGAAAUUGCUUUGAUUUUUUUUACAAAUCUAUUAUGAUAACUGCGUAGCUAUAAUAUCAUAGAUCUUAUCAAGAAGGCUAACUUAAUUUCUUUCAAAUCCACCCACGGCAGCUGAUGAUUUUGAAAUUCAUUUAAUACAAUCUAGAAAUGAAAGGCAAUGCCUGUAAUGAUGACCAUGAAACUAUCAUUGAUUGCUAUUUAAAAAAAUCUGAUCAUUAAUGUAUUUGAAUGAAAUAAACCUUUCAUCCUUAUAUGGUUUGUCCACCAGGUGACUCCAGAUCCACCCCAAUGUGAUUCAUUCUAAACAGCCUUCUGAAAUGGCCCAGCAAGCCACACAGUUUAAGAGCAAUUAGCAAUUGGUAACAAAUGCUGAGGGAUACCAAUAUGCCACGAGAAAGCAAAGAAAAUAAAACAUACAAGCCUGUUUUAACUGCACCUACUUCUAAACUUUUGUAUUUGUAUUUUAUCUAAUUACCUUAUCCGGUUCUUACUUAGUAACAUUUAGAAAUAGUUGUGUAACAUAUUGAUCUUUGAGCUUUAUUGAAAACUAAAGACGUUCUACUGAUCAUAUUUAUCAAACAAACAAAAAGGAAGCUAAAUGAAUAACAUAAAUUGACAGUUCACAGACCACAAGUCGGAUAUGCCUGGUGGUCAUGACAGUAUUAUUUAAUUACAUUUUAUUGGAAUAAUCUUAGCCUUCUUUAUCAUGACAUGUUCAUUAUUACCUAAAGGCAGAUCGGUUUAACAAAUUGGUAUUUUUUUAUUUACUGACUGGGUGUUAAUUUAAUAACUAGUUGAGAUUUACAGACCAGUUUUUGAUUUCAUCCUUCGUAGGGACAAGCUUGCCAUUCCAUUCUGGCCUGUGAUACAGGCUACCUCAGGCCUUUGCUGCUUGGCUGAUUAUUCACCUUGUCUUAGAUUUAAAACAACAUUGACAAAUGGGCAAGAAAUGCAGCCUGCUGAGAUCAGAUUGAAAAGUAAGAUACCAGGCCAUUUGCAGUUGCAGUGAAGCUGAGUAUCGCAAUGUAUCAACCUUUUGAAGGAUGGAGCAGGGCAGAGAAAGCAAAAGAAUAGAUUGUUUGUGUAACAUUUUUGGGC